UAUGCAAACAACUCAUGACUACACACAACUGAACUUUACCGCCCCAGUUUGGGCUUAAAGCAGCCACAAUCAGCUCGAAGCUACGAUCAGUGCAGUACGCAAGGACACACAGAUUUAGGUUCUUUGUGCAAGUAGAUGUGGCGAGCCAUGAUGAGUUUUAUUCACGUUGCUGUGGCGGUGCUCAGUCUUCUGUCCAGUGGACAAUCAGCCCCUGUGACCAGCUGUGAGAGUCUGAUCAAACCAAUUGAAAUCAGCGGAACAGAAGAGCUGCUGGGCAAGUGGACGUAUAUAGGAGAAAGCACAAACAUCCCGGCAUCCAAAUUGCUGACAAAGAUGUUUGUGGAGAGCGCAAGGGUGGAAAUCACUGCUGCUGACGAGAGUGGUGCCAUCAAUGCUUUUCAGUCUCAAAAAAUGUUUGGUCGCUGCUUCACUUUGACAACAAGGAUGACCUUGGCUAACCAUACACUGUCUAUAGUGCAACCUUUCAAUGGUUCAGAGGUUCUACUGACUACUGGCUGCCCUGACUGCCUUGCUUCCUACAUAAAUUACGAUAUUGGAGGACGAACAUACAGCGGCCUCCAACUUCUGAGCAAGAGAAAUAAAGUGACUGCUGCUGAGCUGGAAGAGUUUACCAAGCAGGUAGAAUGUCUGAAUUUACCAGCACCUUCUAUCCUGGACCCAGAAAGAGGGUUUUGCCCAGAUGAGUCUCACUCCCAAGAAACUGAGGCUGUUGAUCUAACCAAUUUAAUAAAUGGCCUGGGCACAGACGUUUUCAGCCUUUUUGACAGAAUUAUCAACAGUCAAGGUGGAAUGCAGCCACUUUUCAAAAUGAUCUUUAAUGGCCUAGCUGGAUUAAAAGAAAAUUAACAUUUUCAUUAAUGUCAUGCCAUGCCUUACAUAAUGAAGAGGCCAUGUCUAUCUACAGAGAAUUCUGCCAAUAAAAUGAAUGAAUAU